AUCGGAUUUUUUUCCCCCCGAGUUUUGCUUUAUGCACCUGUAACAUGAUUUAAGAUGCCACCGGGCUGAAUAAAAAGGCAAAGGUCAUCUUUAAAGGAGCUUAUUUACGAUUCAUGACCAUGACCAUGAGCGGUGUUCACACUGAAGCAUCUGCGCCGCUCGACCUGAGGACCACAACAAGAGACAUCACAGAUCGGACUACAGGACAAACCAAAACACGAGAAAUAGUAGAUCGGACACCAAAGAUCGAGGAGGUGGAGUGCACUUCCAGAGGAUCUCCUUCCUUUUCCUCUGCGAUAAAACCGGGCAGCAAAGAAUGCAAGGAUAGUCAUGGCCAAGCUUUCCUACCGUCUAAUGUGAAGUGUGAGAGGCUGACUGACAGUGAUGGCAAGUGGCCGGAGACCUCUACCUCAAAACUUCCGAUAAGAAAACGUCCUGUCCGUCAGGACCACAAACCUCUGGACCAGUCAGAAAGCACUGUGGGGGAGCCACCGGCCAAGGUUUUAAAGACAGACUCAAGUCCUAGUCCUGCCAAAGUGCCCAAGUGCAGCAGAGUCCGCAAUGGACUGAACGCGGAGACGCGGCAGUUUGUUCCGAGUCCCGUUCCUGCAGGAGCGCAAAGCGAUCUACACCUAGCAGCAACCACUCCAUCAUACCUUACAUAUGGUCCAUCUCCCGUGUACACAAGUAGACUGCCUCAGCUUCACCCAUUCGAAGAUACUGAUCGCCUGCGGCAUGAGGUAGAUUUGGCAACACACCAGGAUGAAGACGGAGACACGGCUCUACACAUUGCUGUGGCACAGGAGAAAGAGGCAGUAGUGCACUGGCUGAUCCACAUUUUACGCCAGGCACGCAAAGACCUGGACUUAUAUAAUAACCUAAGACAGACUCCUCUCCACUUGGCAGUCAUUACACAUCAGCCUGGUGUGGUGGAGGCUCUUCUUCAGGGAGGAGCGGACCCUGAAGCACUGGAUCGUAAUGGACAGACGGCAUUACAUCUCUGCUGUGAGCACCAACAGGAUGCUUGUCUCCGUGUAAUACUCUCCCAUCUCUCCCGAUUACCAUGCUGUCCUUCGGCCUGCCUAAACAGCAGGAACUUUGAAGGCUUAACACCCCUCCACCUAGCUGUUCAGGAUGGAAAUAAGAAGCUGGCAAAAAUGCUACUGGACAGUGGAGCUGACAUUAAUGCUGUAGAUAUUAAGAGUGGUCGCAGCCCACUGAUAUAUGCUGUUGAGAAGAGCUGUAUGGAGAUGAUCAACUUCCUUGUUGAGAAUGGCUGUAAUGUGAACGCACAGUCAUACAGCGGUAACACAGCUCUUCACAUUGCCUGUGGCCGUGGAGAGGUAGAGGCUGUCAGAGUUCUCCUGAAAAAUGGUGCUGACAGCAGUCUAAAGAAUUAUCACAAUGACACUGCUGUCAUGGUGGCCAAGAACAAGAAGGUAUCUGAUGUUUUACGUGGAAAGCCUACACGAGGCCACAGUCUGAAAACUCAGAACAGCUUCAAUGGUACCCCAUCUCCAAAUAACUUGAGCCUUUCCCCACUGGCCACUCCCAACCCUCUUCGCAGUGCAUCUCUCUCUCCAACAGUUCCACGCACAUACUCACCACACAGUCAAUCUGGUGAAAGUAGGUCAGGAAACCUGUCGCCAGUGGAAAUGCAGGAAGCAGAGGAUCUGCAAAUGCCAUCCAGGACAUUUCAUGAUGUGGUAGCAGUUAACAAUGCAGACUAUUUGGUGUCAAUUCAUCCUUUUCCCUUUUUCCAAGCACCCUGUUAUGACACAUUUAUGCCCUCUGGUCCUCAUAUACAUUUAAUGUCAGGUCACUCUCCUUACUAUCCAAAUGUUGUACAUUCUCAACCCUCAGACAUCUCCAUUAGACGUCUCUAUCCCUCAGACACACAGUUCAUCCUCAUUCCAACCAGGAAUGGGCCACCUGUCUCUCGUCGAUCACCAUCCCAUCCCACAGGCACGCAGUCACGGCCGUCCAGCCAUAACAGUGAUCAAUCUGACAUAUCUAACUUAAGUGCGAGCACUGGGGAAAAGACAUAAGCUGACUGUGAAAUGUCUAUACUUGCACAUGUUUUUACUGAAUAUUGAACAAGGAGAAUGGCGGGCCCAUCUUACAAGAUGUAUUUUUUUAAAUGUAGCCUAUAAUUUAUGAUCAGAUAGAUUAGUGUCUUAAUUGCAUAUGAUUUAUUAUGGUUGUAUUUUGAAACAGUCUUAUUCUAUCUGAGAUGAGAAAUGUAGUUUCAUUCAAAAGUAUAGUUUUUUAGCCGUUGUAAUGAUACUCUAUGUGAUAUUAGGAAUCACUGAAACCUCCAUUAUUUAUACAUGUUAUAUAUAUUUAUACACAAAGUGGGGUCCAAAAGUCUGAGACCAUAUUGAAAAUCUGGGAUAUUUUUUUCAUUUAAAAUUGGAAAUAAACAGUAUGUUUUAGAAUUUUAAAAUGAUUAAAACAAAGAAAGUAAGUGUUCAAUAUCUUGAAUAUUUAAUAUUCAAGAUCCUGCACUAUUUCUAUGUCCCUAUUUAAAUGGAAGCAAAUUUGUGAUAUUUACCAUGUUUAUUGCUUUGAACAAAAGGUCAGAUUUUCCACAUCUCCUAAUCUCUUCUACUGAAGCAUGUGCUGAGACGACACUCCGAUGGAUUUGAUCUAAAAUGGAUCAUAAGGUUUUGCACAAACUUGUGGAGUCCAUGCCAGCUCAAGUGCACACUGUCAUUAAAAAAGAGACAUACCAAAUACUAAGAAAUACAAAUACUCUGAAAUUCAUGUAAAUAUUUUAAAGAUUCUACCUUUCACUCAAGUUCCUGUCAAUAAUAUAAUUUGUAAUUAAAAUUGUUGUAUUAAAUUAGAAAUGAAUGCAAAAUAGAAGCAUUUUCACUAAUGGUCUCAGACUUUAAUGUCAAUAAAUGGGACUCUAUUGUUUUUGUCUUUUCUGUUCCUCAGUUGUACUUUCCUUACCCUGAUUUGUCCUUUAUUAACUCUGGUUGGUAAAAAUACCUAAAGACCAAUCAGAAUCAGAUUUUUUUAUAGUUCUGGGUUUAUUUACUGGAGUAUGUGGAGUUUCCCAUAUUACUGUAGAGGAAUAAAAAGUAGCACCAUAAAACCUACCAUAAAAAGUACACACAUACAGGAAAUUUUCUCUAGACAUACAUUUAAGUGCAAAAGUUUGCAUACACAAGACAAUAUGAAAAAAACUUUUAUGGUGUUUGGUUUCAUAGACGUUCCCUCAUUAUAACAAGUUAACAGGUAAGAUAAGUAGUGUAUAGGUAUUAAUUGUGACUGUAGAAAGAAAUAGAUUUUUCCUUAUAAGUUUGAAUCCCCCAUCUGAAUGUUAUAGAAUUAUUCUCUAAUAACAUACAUGCCUAUCUUUUGCCAUUAAUAAAACUGCCUAUAUAAUAUAUACACUCGCUGAGCACUUUAUUAGGAACACCUGUGCACCUACUCAUUCAUGCAAUUAUCUAAUCGGCUAAUUGUGUAGCAGCAGUACAAUACAUAAAAUCAUGCACAUACGGGCCAGCAGCUUUGGGUAAUGUUCACAUCAACCAUCAGAAUGGGGAAAAAUGUGAUCUCAGUGAUUUUGACCAUGGCAUGAUUGUUGGUGCUGGUUUGAGUAUUUCUGUAACUGCUGAUCUCCUGGGAUUUUCAUGCACAACAGUCUCUAGAGUUUACUCAGAAUGGUGCAAUAAAGAAAAAACAUUCAGUUCUGCGGACAGAAACACUUUGUUGAUGAGAGAGGUCAAUGGAGAAUGGUCAGACUGGUUUGAGCUGACAGAAAGGCUACAGUAACUCAGAUAACCACUCUGUACAACUGUGGUGAGCAGAAAAGCAUCUCAAAAUGCACAACACUUCGAACCU